UUAUUAUUUAGUUAUAAUAAUUAGCCUGCUUGAGCCCUGAGGAAUGCUCACACUGCUUGUUUGGGGCUGUCAGACACUGUCUCCCUCUCAGUCUCUGUGCCUAUGCCUGGCUGGUUGCCAGCUGCAUGGUUUAAGGGGGGAAAAGCACAUCCAUGGAGAGUGCUCCACAGUGAGGGCUUGAUGAAUGGCUUCAUUGACACCCCCCUUGGGGAUUGUGCUUAUCCCAAUCCCUCCCCGCCGUUCGUGGUCUGUGGACUUUAGACUCAACUCUGGAGUCUAUUCAGAGAUUUGAAGUUAGAGUUCCCAUUGAUUCACAGGGAAUGCUGAAUGCGACUAAUAGCUCAUUUGACAUAUAGGCAGGCAGGAGACAACAUGUUCGUAUAUGUGCUCCUCACAUCUGUGGUACUUCUAGGAAUAUGUUUAGUUUUGCGUCAUAGAUUUUUGAAACUGCCAAUGUGCAAAAGUACAGCACAACUCCAUGGGAAAACUGUUAUUGUAACAGGAUCUAACUCAGGUAUUGGAAAGCACACUGCCCUGGACUUAGCCAGAAGGGGCGCUAGAGUCAUUCUAGCCUGUAGAGACCAACAGAGAGCCGAAACGGCAGUCAGAGAAAUCCGAAUGAGGUGUGGAAACAGCGAGGUUAUGUACAUGCACUUGGACCUGGCAAAACUACAGUCGGUACGGUCCUUCGCUGAAGACUUUCUUAAAAGAGAGGCCAGACUUGAUAUUCUCAUCAAUAAUGCAGGGAUUGCAAUUGAUGGCAAGACAGAGGAUGGCUUUGGAAUGAUCUUUGGUGUCAAUCACCUCGGCCACUUCCUGUUAACCCUUUUGCUGCUGGAGCGGCUGAAAGAGUGUGGCCCGAGUAGAAUAGUGAAUGUGUCCUCCAUAGGUCAUCGAAUGGCGAGCGUGGACUUCAACUGCCUCAGCACCCACAGAGACCUGUCCGUGGGCUACUCCGGCGUGGACGUGUUUUCCGUCUACUGCCAGAGCAAGUUGUGCAAUGUGCUCUUCACACACGAGUUGGCCAAAAGGCUCGUGGGCACAAAUGUAACCUGCUACAGCCUCCAUCCAGGCGUGAUCAAGACGGACAUUGCCCGCCACGGUGGUGCUGUGUGGAGGAUGAUCUGGUUGCUCCUGGGCCUGGUCUUCUUCGCCGACGUAGAGUCGGGCGCCCAGACCACCCUGCACUGUGCCCUACAGGAGGGCAUCGAGCCGCUGAGUGGACGCUACUUCGCCCGCUGCGCUGUGGAGGAAGUGGGCCCCAAGGCCAAGGAUGACGCGGCCGCCAAGAAACUGUGGGAACUGAGCGAGCACUUUUGUGGUCUGUAGUGAAAGAGACAGAGGGCCAUGCAGUUGCACAGAGACAUGGGGCAAGAGAGGACAGGGGGCAAAAGAGGCAGAGGGCA